CCCCCCCCCCAAACACAGGAAAAGCUCCCCCCACCCCUCACUCAGCCAGAACCUCCAUUAAAUUCACCGGCGAUGCAUGAAAUUGACAUACACGAUCUCUCCGACGACGCCGAUUACGCUGCUUCUAUUCAGCAAGGUUCAGCAAGCAUGAAUAGGAGUGAUAGCAGUAAGCAGAGUUCAUCAGGUGAACAAGAAGGUGCUGAAAUAGUAUAUUUGAAAGAUAAUGUGGCAAUUCAUCCGACUCAGUACGCUUCAGAGAGGAUUAGUGGUAGACUAAAGCUGAUCAAGCAAGGAGGUUCUCUGUUUAUGACUUGGAUUCCUUAUAAAGGGCAAAGCUCGAGUGCAAGGUUGUCUGAAAAAGAUAAGAGUCUUUAUACUAUACGAGCAGUUCCAUUCUCAGAUGUUAGGUCGAUUCGCAGACACACUCCCACCCUGGGGUGGCAAUAUGUUAUUGUAGUUUUAUCAUCAGGACUGGCAUUUCCUCCACUUUAUUUCUACAAUGGUGGUGUCCGGGAAUUUCUUGCAACAAUUAAGCAACAUGCAUAUCUUGUGAGGUCAGCUGAAGAUGCUAAUGUAUUUCUCGUCAACGACUUUCAAGAUCCUCUCCAGAGAACUCUCUCCUCCUUGGAGCUUCCUAGGGCUGUUUCUGUAGCUAACAGUCCAUCUUCAGCUACUGCACCUACUGAUGGGGAAACUUUUGAUAGAAAUUCUGCAUAUCUUCAAGAAAAUGCCAGGCAAUGGCAAAAACAUAAUGAUCCUGCUCGAGAUUUGUCAAUUCAAGUGCUAGAGAAAUUUUCUCUUGUGACCAGAUUUGCUCGUGAAACAACAUCUCAACUUUUUCGUGAAGCUCAGGGAGAUGGUUUCAUUCCUAAUGACAGGAGGAAGCAAGACCAAAAAACAAAUGAUUAUCCUCGCAUUGCCGACUCUAAUGAUGUUAAGUUGCCUGAAGAUGUUCAAGUGCCUGCAGAUCCCUUGGAGUUUGACAAAUUGUCACUAGUAUGGGGAAAACCACGGCAGCCUCCACUGGGAACAGAAGAGUGGUCCUCUUUCCUGGAUUGUGAAGGUAGAGUCACAGACUCGGAAGCAGUAAGAAAGAGGAUAUUUUACGGAGGAGUCGAACAAGGUCUACGUAAAGAGGUGUGGCGAUUUCUGUUGGGAUAUCAUUCAUAUGAUUCAACUUAUGCGGAGAGGGAAUACCUUGUGUCUGUCAGAAAGUCGGAAUACGAAACGAUAAAAAACCAGUGGAAGAGCAUCUCUAAGGAGCAGGCUAGAAGAUUUACAAAAUUUCGAGAGAGGAAAGGCCUUAUUGAAAAAGAUGUGGUGAGGACUGAUCGGUCAAUUUCAUUCUAUGAUGAGGAUGACAGCCCAAACAUUAAAUAUUUGCGUGAUAUACUGCUGACUUACUCAUUCUACAACUUUGAUUUGGGUUACUGUCAGGUAACAUCUUCCUAUAAGCNCCUCCACUAG